AGACACAGAAGGACCGAGAGGCUGGCUGAGAGACAGAAGCCAAGGGAGCUGUAAGCUCCUGGGUUGCCCUCUCUACUUGUCUGCACGCGCCUCCCAGGAUGCCUACUCGCAGAAGUAAGGGAAACUGAUCCACUCUUCCCCACCAGCUCCAAAAGCAGGUUUGCUCUGACAAACACAGAGAAACUAUCCCUUCUCUGAGCUCCAAAGUCCAGAAGUGGAGAGAGCCAGAGCUGAGAGAUGUCCAGCUUCUCAGUACCUCUCAAAUCAACAGGCAUAUGGUGCGUUGUCUUGUUUGCAGUUCUGGCAUGGGCUGAGGAGACCUCCAUGUAUGGGGAAAUUUUGUCCCCUAACUACCCCCAGGCAUACCCCAAUAAUGUACAGAAGACUUGGAACAUCACAGUUCCUGAUGGGUUUGGCAUCCGUCUCUACUUCACUCAUCUGGACAUGGAAUUGUCAGCCGACUGCGAGUAUGAUUCAGUGAAGGUCAUGUCAGGAAGCAUUGUGGAAGGGGUGCUCUGUGGGCAAAAGAGUAGCAAGAACCGCAAUUCUCCAAUAGUGAAGGAGUACCAAGUUCCAUAUAACAGCCUCCAAGUGAUCUUUGAGUCAGACUUCUCAAACGAAGAGCGUUUCACAGGAUUUGCUGCUUACUAUGUUGCCGUGGAUGUAAAUGAAUGCACAGAUUUUAUAGAUCCCCCUUGUAGUCAUUUCUGUAACAACUUCAUUGGUGGUUACUUCUGCUCCUGCCCUCCGGAGUACUUUCUCUAUGAUGACAUGAAAAAUUGUGGAGUGAAUUGCAGUGGGAACAUGUUUACUGAUCUUACUGGAGAGAUUACUAGCCCUAACUAUCCCAAUUUAUACCCUGAGAACUCACGCUGUGACUACCGGAUCUCUUUGGAGAAAGGCUUCCAAGUGGUGGUGACCAUUAAGAGAGAAGAUUUUGAUGUGGAAGCUGGUGACUCAGAAGGAGACUGCCCAGACAGCUUGGUUUUCACAGCAGGAGGUCAGCAGUUUGGACCCUAUUGUGGCAAUGGAUUCCCUGGGCAGCAAAUGAUUGAAAGCAGGGACAAUGUUCUUGAUAUUGUCUUCCAGACUGACCAAACAGGGGAAAAAAAGGGCUGGAGACUUCGUUACUAUGGAGAUCCAAUGCCGUGUCCUAAAGAAUUCACAGCCAACUCUGUUCAGGAUCCUGUAAAGGCUAAAUAUGUGUAUAAGGAUACUGUGAAAAUAACUUGUCUGGAAGGGUUUGAAGUCGUGGAGGGAAGAGUCACCUCAACAUUCUUCUAUUCUACUUGUCAAAAUAAUGGGCAGUGGAGUAAAUCCAACUUACAAUGCCAACCUGUGGACUGUGGCUCCCCUGAACCCAUUAAAAAUGGGAAAGUAAAUGAUGAAGAAAAUACCUUGUUUGGAGACGUGAUUCAAUAUACCUGCAACAAACCUUACUAUAACAUGAAGAAUGAAGGGACUGGGGAAUAUCGUUGCGCUGCCAAUGGGACUUGGCUGAACCAGGAGCUGGGCACGGAGCUGCCCGAGUGUGUAGCAGUCUGUGGAGUCCCCCGUCUGGAAUUUGCAGGAACCCAGAGGAUUUUUGGAGGUGUGCUGGCAGACAUCGGCAGUUUUCCCUGGCAAGUGUUCUUUCAGAAUCCAAGAGCUGGUGGAGCCCUCAUUGAUGAACAUUGGGUGUUAACUGCUGCCCACGUCGUGGAAGGGAAUGACCAACCUAUUAUGUACAUGGGAACCAGCGCAGUCCAUUUUUCAGCUCUGCAGGGGGCCCAGAUGCUCGUUGCCGAUGGGGUCUUUAUCCAUCCCGGCUGGGAGCCCCUUGGUGAGCUCAAGUCAAGGAAGAAUUUUGACAAUGACAUUGCACUGGUGCGCCUAAAAGACCCAGUGAAAUUGGGGCCUAAUGUUUCCCCCAUAUGCCUGCCAGGUCGUUCACCCGAGUACGACCCCCAUUUUGGAACCCUGGGAAUGAUCUCAGGCUGGGGCAGAACAGAGAGACCUAUUAAAGUUGCUUCUCUUAGAGGGACAAGGUUACCUGUGGUCCCCCUGGAAAAGUGUCGGUCAGUGAAGAACGAAGACUCCAGAGUAGAUACCAGCACCCUCACUUUUACUGAUAACAUGAUUUGUGCUGGAGGACAGAAAGGGAGUGAUAGUUGUGAAGGGGACAGUGGUGGAGCCUUUGCUAUCCAGGACCCCACUGAGAAGAACUCCAAAUUCUAUGUGGCUGGCCUGGUGUCCUGGGGGCCCAAAUGUGGUACUUAUGGGAUCUACACUAAAGUCAAGAACUACAUUUCCUGGAUUGAGAAGACCAUGCAAGAAAAUAGGAUCUCUGACGAGGAUUAAUCCAUUCUUAUCUCACCCACUUUCUCUUUGGAUUGGCAUGACCAGACCAUGGUCCUCCCUCACGAUAUGCCCAGUGUUCAUUGUAACUGUGGGGAGUGAGAUUGGAAUGUUUGUGGUGAGGGUGAACCCUGAGGUUGGCUCUGAAAUAUCUGUCAGAAUGUAUUCGUCCAUCAUAAUGGCACUUGGUUGGUGAUAUCCAACCAUAUAUUCCAUUAUGGCUACACUUAUCUUUGGAGUCCUCUUUCUAUUAGUUUAUGUCAUUCCUUUGACUAUUACCUAAUCCUACAAGAAUGAAGAAUAUCCCAGAAAGGACUCUCUUGCCCUCAGUCUUGAGGCUUGCUGGUUGUUACAAGACAGGAAUGGUGACUGAUAGAGGCACCAUUUUCCUCCCCUUCCUACCUUCUCCCUCCAUUCACAGUUAUAUUUAACAAAUCAUUCUUAAUAUUCAAUAAUCAGCCACAAUAAAAUGUGAUUCCACCUCAA